AUGGCCGUUGAAGUUGUGAGAGUUGCGAUGCUCUUCUACGACACAAUGACUAUGAGACGCAGAGUGGAAUAUCCAACGUUGCAGACGAACAUACCGAAGGAUUUGUGUCUAACUUGGAGGAACAUAUCGUACACGAUCGAGAAGAAGGCAAAUGGCGGCAGUUUUCGAGCGAUUUUCGGUUUGCAACGGACCGAAUUCGUUCGACUGCUCAAUGGAGUCAGUGGUAUAGUUAAUUCCGGGAUGUUGAUGGCGAUCAUGGGACCAAGCGGCGCCGGGAAAACUACUCUGCUCGCGACGAUCAGCCGCCGCGUGAAAGGCGAAGCGACAGGUGACAUCCUGCUAAAUGGGAAGGCUAUCGAUACCGGCCAAAUGAUAAGGAUAUCGGGGUUCGUUCCGCAAACGGAUCUGGCAGUCGAAUCGUUGACAGUCCAGGAGCACAUGGAAUUCAUGGCGUGCAUGAAAAUGGACAGGAGGCUGUGGGCGAAUGUCAGACGGCAACGAAUAACGACGCUGCUCGCUGAACUCGGUCUUGGAAAAUGCGCCAGCUCAAAAUUGUCCACCCUGUCCGGCGGCGAGAGGAAACGCGUCACGUUAGCUGUUCAACUACUCACCGAGCCAAGUAUUCUCUUUUGUGACGAACCAACCACGGGUUUGGACAGUUACGGGGCGAUGACUGUUGUGAAGACACUCAGAGAGCUAGCUGCCAGCGGAAGAAUAGUCAUUUGCUCGUUGCACCAACCUGCUUCCGGUUUGCUGGACAUCUUUCACGAGGUCCUCUUGCUCACAGGUGGCAGAGUCGCUUUUCAGGGCUCGUCUGUUGGCGCCACAGAAUUUUUUGAUAGCUUGGACCUCCGUUGUCCUCCAACCUACAACAGCGCCGAGUUCUACGUCUCCCAGCUAUCCAUAUCUCGUGGCAGAGAAGCAGAAUCUUACCACAAGGUGAAUUGGAUCUGCGACCAGUACCAAAAAUCGAAAUACGGUCAGAGAAUAUCGAAGCUGAUCGAAUACUAUUGCGCCUCAACCUCACGGUUAAACGCGCUUCCGGUCAUAUUCUCGGACAUUUCUUUGUGCCCGCGAGAUUUCAAAAAAGCUCGUGGAAUCACUCAGCUACGCUGGAUCACCUGGCGAACUUUCGUCGAUUACAAAAGGAACCCAGCCUCUGUUCUUCUAAGAUUCAUAACGUACAUGUUCAUAGGGCUGCUGAUAGCAUCUCCGUACGUGCACAUCACGGAACAAGCGAUGAACCAGGGCAGCAUACAGAACAUGCAGGGUCUUCUUUACCUCGUAGUCGUCGAGACAGUGUUCACGUUCAAUUAUGCCGUUUUCUACACGUUCCCACAGGAACUACCACUUUUACUCCGCGAUAUCGCCAGUGGACUGUACGGCCCGACGCCAUACUACAUCAGCAAAGUUAUAGUUCUGAUCCCUGGGGCGAUAAUGCAGCCAUUGCUGUACUCGGCUUUCAUAUUCACAAUCACCGGGCUGAAGGGUGGAUUUUUAGGAUUCGUUUACUUCACGCUGCCGGUAGUAGUCUGCGCCAUUUCAGCGUCCGCUCUUGGUUGCUUCCUAUCAGCUUCAUUCAAAUCAGUGGAUACAGCUUCUCUAUUCUCCGUGCCAUUGGACUUCCUUGGCCUGAUGUUCUGCGGGAUUUACUUACACCUCGGAUACCUGACGCCAGGUAUCGCGUGGCUGAAAUACGUGUCUCAAUUCUAUUACGGCCUCGAGGCGGUUUCUUUGACGCAGUGGCUGCUGAUCGAUCACAUAAAUUGCUCACCGGACCCGGAAGAGCCUUGCAUCUCCAGCGGAAUGGGCGUUCUGGAUAAAUACGGCUACUUACCAGAACACUACACCAUGGACAUAAUCGGCCUUAUGGUGAUUUUCGCGGUCAGCCAUUUAGCGGGGUAUCUAGUAAUUAGGCACAGAAGUCGCAAAGAACCUGUCUACUAA